GGGAAAAGUACUGACAGUUGAAAAUGAACUUGAAGCAUGCUUACCCUGUGGGAGUAGCGAUCAUUUUCAUUUGGAUUGGAGUCAGUUCUUAUUCGGGGAACUGGGCGAGUUUCGACGUCAGAGGAGGCUGGUAUUUGUACAAUGAUUCCAGGCUGUUUUGGGAUGAUGCCAGAGCAAGCUGUCUGUCGAUUGGAGCCGAUCUCAUCAGUAUCCACUCCCAGGCUGAAAAUGACUUUGUAUACGAGAAUAUUACGAGAAAUUGGAUUGCAAUUGGGGCAACAGACGCUGCAGAAGAGGGUACGUUUCUCUGGACUGACGGGUCUCCGAUGGAUUAUACAGACUGGCAAAGUGGUGAACCCAACAAUGCUCACGGUGUGGAAGAUUGUGUUUUCAUGCAACCGUCUGACAAGGAAAAGGGAUGGAAUAGGGAACCUUCUGACAAGAGAAUGGGAUGGAAUGACGGUCCAUGUAGCUCUGACAUGACUGCUGCCUUCAUAUGCUAUCAAGAAUGUAACACUUGCAUUAUCUUCCUCAGUUCUUAUUCGGGGAACUGGGCGAGUUUCGACGUCAGAGGAGGCUGGUAUUUGUACAAUGAUUCCAGGCUGUUUUGGGAUGAUGCCAGAGCAAGUUGUCUGUCGAUUGGAGCCGAUCUCAUCAGUAUCCACUCCCAGGCUGAAAAUGACUUUGUAUACGAGAAUAUUACGAGAAAUUGGAUUGCAAUUGGGGCAACAGACGCUGCAGAAGAGGGUACGUUUCUCUGGACUGACGGGUCUCCGAUGGAUUAUACAAACUGGCAAAGAGGUGAACCCAACAAUAAUCACGGUGUGGAAGAUUGUGUUUUCAUGCAACCGUCUGACGAGGAAAAGGGAUGGAAUAGGGAACCUUCUGACAAGAGAAUGGGUUGGAAUGACGGUCUAUGUAGCUCUGACAUGACUGCUGCCUUUAUAUGCUAUCAAGAAGGUAACACUUGCAUUAUCUUCCGUAAGUACAUGUGCAACCAAUAAACAUCAUAAAUACCGAUCUGGUCACAUGGCUAUAGAUUUUAUUUCUUGAAGAUAUAUGCCAUAGCCGAUAUAUAGAGAACCCCAUUCAGUUAUCCUGAUUUUAAGUUAUCCGUCAGUUAAAUUUAUGUAUUGUUUAUACAUUUGUUACAAAUGUUAUAUUUGGGAUAACACUUUCUCAGUAAAGAUUCUCGGUACGAGAAUCUGUACUUUACUGAGAAGAUGUCAUCUCAAAUAUGUGUUACAUUUGACCACUUUCUAUAUGGCAUUGUGUGUUCUUGUUUAUAUAUUUCCAUUAGUACCUGACCGUUGAUGUCCUACGCACAGUAUUAAAACGUCAUACAUCGUUCCACAAAGCAUUUGUAGUGCUAAGGUGGUCGUCAGUCCCAUACUUUAAAACUGGCUUGGACUGUCUUAGCGCUACGAUCGCUUUUGUGGAACGGGGCCCUGUCGAUUAUGUCGAAUGUGUCCCUAAACUAGGAAUCUUUAGAAAAUAUCCACCAGCCCAGAUUAUGUUGGUAUUAUCAAUCAAGAUGAUCUCGACGUUAUUAGUCAAGAUUAUCUUGAUGUUUUCCAUUAGUCAAGAUAAUCUAGAAGUUAUCAUAUUGUUGAUAUCGUUUUCUACAUGCAUUAACUAGACGUUGACCACAGGGUUUGGUUCAUUUACAUCGGGCGCUUCCUGAUGACGUCACUUUAAUGAUAACGCCAUAGUGUGUACGUGUGUGGUAUAUCCACUGAUGACGCGUCAUGCUAUAUUAGGGGCGGUCGGGUAGUCUAGUGGUUAAAGCGUUCGUCACGCCGAAGACCCGGGUUCGAUUCCCGACAUGGGUACAAUGUGUGAAGCCCAUUUCUGGUGUGCCCCGCCGUGAUAUUGAUGGAAUAUUGCUAAAAGCGGCGUAAAACUAUACUCACUCACUCACUCAUGCUAUAUUACCGGUAGCAGCAUGGUUGAAACAGUCUCCGUGGACACAUGACAGCAGCUUGUAUGUGGACUGUAUGAUGCGUGAUGUGCGUGAAUGUUUCUUACUUUUCAUGAACUUUAGUAGCACUGUGUAUUUCAUCCCUGCGUUACAUCUUUGAGCACAAACCCUUUCUCGCAGCUUAUAUAACUCUAUAUCUAUUGAACACAACAACACAAGCUAACACCGAGGCUACGCACACAUUUUCACUUCCAUGACCUGGUAUGGGGUAAGUACCAUAAAACCUUGAUUUAGACCUAUCGUCAAUGCUGCUAUGUGAACGGGGAAGGUGGGGUAGCCUAGUGGUUAAAGCGUUUGCUCGUCACGCCACUAACGGGGUCGGGUGGUCAGGUUCGCUGACUUGGUUGAUGCAUGUUAUCGUAUCCCAG